UCAAGAAUCGGCAUAUACAUCGACAACUAGUGACCUCAAGCACAAAUGGCCCGAACCAAGCAAACCGCCCGCAAGUCCACCGGAGGAAAGGCUCCUCGUAAGCAGCUUGCCACCAAGGCAGCCAGGAAGACCGCAGCGACCGCUACCGGUGGUGUGAAGAAGCCUCACAGGUUCCGUCCUGGUACCGUUGCCCUCCGUGAAAUUAGGAGGUACCAGAAGUCGACGGAGUUGCUCAUCCGCAAGCUGCCCUUCCAACGUCUCGUCCGUGAAAUCGCUCAGGACUUCAAGACUGAUCUCCGUUUCCAAUCUUCCGCUGUCAUGGCGCUGCAGGAAGCUGCUGAGGCAUACCUCGUCUCGCUCUUCGAAGACACCAAUUUGGCUGCCAUCCAUGCUAAGCGUGUGACGAUCCAACCCAAGGAUCUCGCUUUGGCCAGGCGCCUCCGUGGCGAGCGUUCCUAAACGCUUCACAGCUCUAUAUUCGAAUGUUCCGUGGUCCAUGACUAUUUCGCCCUACUUUUCCUCUAUCUCGUUUUGUUUUAGUAUACAGGUCUGAAGGCUUGGACGUAUGUGUACUUCUGUAUGAACUAUAUUCCUCCUCUUACAUUAUAUGACUGGCGCAUGAUAUGCCUCUAUGUUACUGGAUAUAUCCUAUGAGUUGGUAACAUCGUACGUGUCAGACAUUAAUCAUGAUGGCUGUCCAGACACAUGCUGCACACUCACGAAGCGUUGGCCCUUUGUGCACAGUGCCCGUGUUUGGAUACAUCACGUACUGACAUAACUCAGCGACGUCCAUUUUCGCUGCACCCGGGAAAUCAUGUAUCACCGUUUCCACUGUUCCGACUCCUUCCAUCGAACGGCAUGGCAUUGAA